UCGCUCAGAAGGACAAGCCAGGGUGGCCGACGGCAGCGGAAGUGGGGAAAGGGCAUGACGAGCAGUGGGAGUUCAUCGGAGCUCCCAAGAAAGGAGGCGGGCGUCCUUCGAGGGCACGAGGGGGCAGUUUUGGCUGCUCGAUUCAACGGCGACGGAAACUACUGCCUGAGCUGUGGCAAGGACCGAACCCUCCGCCUUUGGAACCCUCACCGUGGUAUCCAUAUCAAAACCUACAAAUCCCAUGGCCGCGAGGUUCGUGACGUUCAUGUUACCUCGGACAAUGCCAAGAUUUGUUCAUGCGGUGGGGAUCGGCAGGUUUUUUACUGGGAUGUUGCAACCGGGCGUGUGAUACGGAAAUUCCGCGGGCAUGAUAGCGAGGUGAAUGCAGUCAAGUUCAAUGAGUAUGGAUCUGUGGUCGUAUCAGCUGGUUAUGAUCGUUCUGUGAGGGCAUGGGAUUGCAGAUCUCAUAGUACGGAGCCAAUUCAGAUUAUUGAUACAUUUAUGGAUAGUGUAAUGUCGAUUUGUUUGACAAAAACUGAAAUUAUAGCUGGAAGUGUUGAUGCAACUGUUCGCACAUUUGACAUUCGAAUUGGUAGAGAGCUUGUCGAUGACUUGAAGCAACCGGUCAAUUGUAUCUCCUUGUCAAAUGAUACUAACUGUACUCUUGCUAAUUGCUUAGAUUCUACCCUGCGCCUUCUAGACAGGACCACAGGAGAACUCCUACAACAAUAUAAGGGUCACAUCUGUAAGUCUUACAAAAUGGAUUGCUGCCUUACAAAUACUGAUGCCCACGUAACUGGUGGAUCUGAAGACGGUUUUAUUUAUUUCUGGGAUUUAGUUGAUGCAUCCGUGGUUUCAAGUUUCCGGGCACAUUCCUCUGUUGUGACGAGCGUGAACUACCACCCGAAGGAUUGUUGCAUGAUUACAUCCUCUGUAGAUGGCACUAUCCGCAUUUGGAAAGCUUAGCCCAAAUCCAUUUCAGCCUGAAUUUGGUGCUUUGCUGUAAUGAUAAGAAGAUGAGUGAGAAUAUUUACUACAACAGUAAAGUUUCCCGUCACAUUAUGAUGUUCUAAUAAGGGUUUCAAAACGGGUUGACGGAUCAGGUUUGAUUUUCAUCUGAAAUUGGCUUGACUCGAAUAUUGUCAAUGCGAAGCUAACCCGUUUAAUAAAUGGGUCAAAAACAUCAACCUUAAUUCAAACCGUUAGAAAUCCGAAU